GAUAUUACCUCACAAAUCUAAUCUCCUUGACGGUUGGAUACUACCUUUUCCUGGAUCGGAUCGUUCAGUUAUGACGAGGACGCAGAGAUACUUCUAUGAGAACGAAUCUAAGAGACCAAUCCAAGUGAACACAUAUUUUGUUGUAAAGUCGAUAUUUCUCAUAAUAUUAUUUGCUAUUGGUGGCGCCAUCUUCAGCAUUUUGAGUAAAUUCGAAUGUGGCAGAAAAUUAUUAUUGGAUUAUCCCGAAUUAUUCAGUCUGGGAGCGUUCAGCAAGAAACAGCCUUCAGAAGAAAAAACAGAAAAUACUUGGUUCCAAUUGACAUUGUAUGGAGAGGGAUGGAGUGAACGCUUAGAAAAUGAGCUUGAUAACUAUACCACGCCAUGUGAUAGGAGUAUUGUAGGAAAAGUCAAGGGAAGGAAUCCUGGUUACGGUGCUACCUGUAUAUGUUUGGUUAGUGCCGCUAUUGUUGUACUCACAGAGAGUGACAAGAUGCCGGGAGAAGGCGGAGUACUUCCUCCUGGAGCAGCAUUUGCAAAUACUUCCCUCAUCAAACUACUCAAUGAAAAUGGUGUAACUUUUGAGAUCGUUUCUCAGAAGAGUAUAUAAUAACCAUCCAUCUUAUGCUUUAUGUUUACAUACCUGUUGAAGGUUGAUACCUCUUGUAUUUCUAUUAUAACUGUUGUUUGGAU